CUGCUGCUCCAUAAUACGUCACAAACAGACGCGACGCCAUCGCUGGUCGUACCACGGUAUAGUGUUUGUUUGUUACAGACUUGUAAACAUGGCUACCCACGAAGACCCUUAUUCUAUCAGUCGUUUUCGGUGGCUUAUAGUAUGCUUGGCCAAUGACAUUACUAACCGUGAGCUCAAGAAGGCUAAGUCGCUGGUCAGAGACAGACUUGGUGCUAAAAACUACGAGGAUGUCAAGGAUACCUUUGAUUUCUUCGAUAAGCUCCAGGAAGGAAAUCAUGUCCACGAAGGGGAUACACUUUUGCUGCGGCAUAUCCUAUCCGAGAUCGGCCGAAUUGACUUGAUAGAGGAGCUUAACAAAUACGAUUCUGAGUAUGCUGUUGUUGCUAGACAUUAUCGUUUACAUCCAGCAGCAUCUGAAGGCCCGUUCAUCGGUAGAAAGAAGCGGCUAGACGAGCUUUUCAAUUUGCUGCAAAAAAAACAUGAAGAUGGAGUGGCAACCAUCUGCAUCAGUGGACUUCCGGGUAUGGGUAAAACCAGAUUAGCAACUGAGGCCUGCUAUCGUCAGAAAGAGUACCAAAAAUUGCUGUUUGUUGACCUUCGAGAACUGUCUACAACUGAGAGUAUCUUUUUUGCAGUAAUGCGCGCAUUGGGCGAAGAUGCAUCGAUUAACAUUGAUUUAGAUUUUGUGAUUUUAAAGUUGAAACAGUACAAAACGCAGAAAGCCGAUGGGGCUGUACUUUUGUUUGACAAUGCUGAUCGUCCGCUAAGAACCCCGAAAGAAGGCGUAAACGAUGACGUGUACAACAACUUUGUUGAACUAAUUGAAAGAAUCAUUCAAUGCGGCAACGACAAUUUGAAGGUAUUAAUCACAACCAGAAUGGGAUUGCCUCUUAAACUAUGCACCCGCUAUAAGAAUUGUGUCAAGCCAAUUUCAAUUAAGGCCGAUGAGCUGGAAUAUGAGGACGCAAGAGAUAUUCUUAAUUACUAUGCCGGCAGGACCAUAAUUUCUGAUGAAGAGGCAGAGCAACUGGUACACCUAUGCGGAAAGUGCCCUCUGGCUUUGAAAGUCACUGGUAGUCGCCUGCAGGACCACACUAUAACUCCUAAAAAAUUGAUCGAGUAUUUAAUGCACAAAUCUGACGAAGUCACCAAGCUUGAAUUUUAUGGUGAAAUAAACCUGGAAUCAUGUUUGAAAAACACAUUCUACAGUCUGCCCGACAAGCAGAGGUUUCGUAUUAUUCGUCUGUCCACUAUUCCUGGUACAUUCACCAGUCGUGCAGCUCUUGCAGUUUUUGGAAUGAAACGAAAUGAUCAGGUUGAAGUUAACCUUCAGCUUCAAGACUUAAAAUACAGGAAUCUGAUUGAGACGUCGAUAGAUGACAAUGAAGACUUCAACAAAUCAGACGUACGCUAUGGAAUGCAUCUUCUGUUGCGACAGUUCUUGCAAAAGAUAGCCGAAAUUGACGCAUCUAUCACAAUGCAUUACAAGCUAGGAGAAGAGGAGUUUGUUGGUUAUUAUUUAAGGAAGUUGAAAACAAUUGGAACAGUUAGUGAGAAGAAGUACAAGAAAGCUAUAAAAAGAAAAAAUGAUGAUGCUGCCAACUUUCAAGAGCUUCUUAGGCUGCUACCAAAGCAGAAGAGACACAUUGAAAUUGAUGAGUGGCGAUUGAUAUCUAGUACAAUUGAACUAUUUUAUUCUACAAAAGAAAGGCUGAAGUUUUUCAAAGCCCAGCGACAGCUUGCACAGCAGAACCAAAGCACACUUGAGUUUGUUGAAAUGUCAGCAUAUGAGGGGUUACAGAUGUCCAGAAUAAAUUAUCGCUAUGAAGAAAUUCUACCACUUCUUGAAGAUGCUGAACAAACACUGCUAAAAGCUACUAACACGCAAGAGGUACAACCUGAUAAAAGAUCCUUAACUGGCAGUUUGUUAUCUAUCUUGAAAACUGAAAAAUAUUUUGCCGAAAAGCACAUUCAAAACUUAAAUGCUGCCGAGAAAGAAAAACUGAUUAUUCUUUAUCAACUGUGGGGUAAUGUUUGUACAACAUGUGUUCGUGAUUUAGACCAGGCUAUUGAGCGGAUGCAAAUUGCGUGUGCUCUUGUGGAAGAACUAAAUUUAAAGAACACAAACAUCGCUCGAUUCUAUAGCACAAUGGCAGAUGUAAUAUUGAACAAAUCUAGGCUUCAGAGUAGCAAUGCUGUCUGUGCGAGGAGUAAAAUAAAAGAAGCAAUGGGAUUUUACCAGAAGGCCUACAAACUGAGAAGGGACCUAACUGGAUCAGAAAACCACCCAGAUAUCCCAGUGUACCUAGCAAACAUAGGUUCUUGUCAUUAUCAGUUACAAGAUAUUGACAAAGCUAUAAAAGUUUACAGGCAGUCUUUAGAGGUGGAAGAUAAUAUGCUGAUUGACAACGAGGAAGGGUAUCUGAAGACUCUCAGAAACCUUGCACUUGCAUACAGAGAUGUGGACAGAUAUGAUGAUGCCAUCGACUUUGGAGAAAGAUGUCUUAAAAGACGAGUUGAUUUGUUAGGCAUCCACUCUGACACAGCACGCACAUACUAUCUUCUGGGGUUGUUCUACCUGGAGCGGAAUAAAGACCGAGGUGAUCUAGAGCAAGCUGAGAAAAACUUUGAAGAGGCGUUGAAAGUUGAGGAGAAAUUGUGGAUGGAGCAAGGCAAGCCUCAUUCUGUAGACUGGGAGAAUCUCAAACGAAGAAUACAAAUUGUCCUUGCAAAGACUGGCCAGAAAAAGAAAUACCCAGCUUAUAAAGCACGCUUUGAGGAGGCAGAAAAGAAAUCAUCACAGAAACUAUUAGAGAAAAUGUUAACAGAUUCCAUAUCUCAUUCAGAUUCGGAGGAGACUGAUCAAUCAACUUCGAGGAAGCGACGCGAUAGUUCAUCUAGCUCCGAAAAUGAUGGCAGCGAGUCCAUGGUCUCCCAGGACAGUGGCAUUUCAAGCAUGACAAGUGUUGAAAGAAAAGGCAACCAACGAAAGAAAUACAAAGCAAGACCAGAGAACUUGCAAUAAAAAUCCAAACAGAUAACGAGAAAGCUAUAGAAGCAGAGAACUUGCAAUAAAAAUCCAAACAGAUAACGAGAAAGCUAUAGAAGCAGAUAAUCAUCAUCACUCUUAAGAAUUGUACAUUAAUACAACUUGGAAAGUUCAUUUUUGAAAAUGAUAAAUUGUUCACCUUUACUUGAAUUUAUCCUUACCAGUUAUAUACGUAUUUUUUUAUCGGUUAGGAAUGGAAAGUAAUUAUAACAUAUUUAAAUGUUUAGAGAUGCCCAGAAUUAUGCCUUCCUAGAUUUCAGGAAGUAUUAAGCUGGCAGAAAGAAGGAACACAAAGGAGCUUAUGGAACGUCUAGGUCUAAGUGAAACAAUUGUGGAGGUUGUUAUGAGGAGUAGCUUGAGAUGGAUGGGUCAUGUGCUAAGAAAAGACGAAGGUGAUCCAGUAAAGGGAGCCUGGCAUCUAGAAGUUGAAGGUAGAAGAGUAAGGGGGCAGCCAAAGGUGACGUGGAAAGAUAUGGUGAAGAAAGAAAGUGCAAAAAUUGGUUUGGAGGAGUAUGAUGCACAAGACAGGAAGAAGUGGAGAGAUGGUGUAGCUGCAUGGAACGAGUGACAGUCAGUAACCCCUUGGAAGAGGGAAGAAAACUGACUUAAAUAAUUGAUGAUGAUGAUGAUUUAGCAAAAGGACAUGGUUUUUUUUUUUGGUUUUUUUUCAAGCACUUUUAACACAGUUUUGCAUCAUAAUUUAAUUAAAAAAUUGAUAACUUUUAAUGUUUCACCAAGGUUGAAUUUUUAAACUACCAUUUUUUAAAGAUUGAUAUUCUGCAGAGUGAGUGUGUUAUAAUGUGAAUACUGCACUAGAAAUUAAUUAAGUAUAGGCAUUCCUCAAAGUUGAGUUUUAUCUCCAAUACUUUUAUCCAUUGUGAUUUUAAUGUUUUGUAGCAAGUGCAAUGUUAUUAUUAUUAUUAU